GACGCCAGACCGACGACAUGAAGGUGCCGAGGCCUCGUGGGCGGCGUGUGCUGGCGGCGGUGAGCAAGAGGCUCUCGACGAGAGCGAUGGGAUCGGCCACGCCUGCUACUGCGAGUGCUUCGGGGUACCCGAGCUUCGUGAAGAUCGUGGAGGUGGGACCACGUGACGGACUGCAGAACGAGAAGACCAAUGUUUCGACAGACGACAAGGUCAAGUUCAUCAAUUUGCUGUCCGAGACGGGUCUGUCCGCGAUCGAGGCGACGUCCUUCGUGUCUCCCAAGUGGAUCCCGCAGGUGAGAGGCUUGGCUGGUUCGUUGGUACUGGGAAGUAGUGACAAGAGUGAAUGUCUGCAGAUGGCCGACAAUGCGUACGUGUUGAAGGGAAUUUCGAGGAAGGAGGGCGUGUCGUACCCGGUUCUCACGCCGAAUAUCAAGGGUUUUGACAGUGCUGUAGCGGCCGGGGCGAAGGAGGUGGCCAUCUUCGGCGCCGCGUCUGAGGCGUUCAGUCAGAAGAACAUUAAUUGCUCGAUUGAAGAAAGCUUGGAGCGCUUCCGUCCGGUGUGUGAGAAGGCGAAUACUCUCGGGAUCCGUGUUCGUGGGUAUGUGUCGUGCGUGCUGGGGUGUCCGUACCAAGGUCCCGUGGAGCCUUCUACUGUUGCUGCCGUUGCUCUGAAGAUGCUCGAAAUGGGCUGCUACGAAGUGUCGUUGGGCGAUACAAUCGGUGUUGGGAACCCAGCAUCCACACUGGCGAUGCUGCAGGCCACGAAGCAGGUUGUUCCAGUUGAUCGUCUCGCUGUGCACUUCCACGACACAUACGGGCAAGCAUUGUCCAACAUCUUGAUCGCCCUGCAAGAGGGCAUCGCUGUUGUUGACAGCUCUGUUGCUGGACUGGGAGGCUGUCCGUACGCCAGCGGAGCUUCUGGAAACGUGGCGACCGAAGAUGUGCUGUACAUGGUGCAUGGUCUCGGCAUCCAGACGGGAGUGGAUCUUCAAAAGGUGAUAGAAGCAGGAGACUUCAUCACGAACCUGCUCGGCCGUCCAACCCACUCCAAGGUGGCUCAAGCUAUGGGGUCGAAGUCCAAGAAGACCAGCCGUCUGUAAUGCUGACGCACAUCAUCAAGUUGGCCCAAGUCAAGCGAUAAUCUGAACUCCUUUUCAUCCAAUCAUAACCCAAUAAAACGAUUUUUCUACCAA